AACACCUUCAGUUGACUUUUAGACACGCUAGGAAGAGUGUGUCAAGCGCUGAGGGACGUAUAUCCAUAGAAUAAGCAGAUAUUAUUUACUAAAGAUCGAAUAUAAAAGGAGAGAAGGACCCCAGUCUAAGAUUCUCUGAAAUAUAGUGACAUCAACACUUUUAAACUGAAAUAAGUGCAAUCCUAAAGAAAAGCGAGUGAAUUCGGGUAAAUUCGUCAGCUGUUGAAGAUGGAGUACCAGACAGAUCCCUUCGCACCCUUCCUGCCCCCUGAGGAACUUGUCACCCCGAGCACCAGCCCGGAGACCUCGCCGAAGUCAUCUGACGCCUCGCGGAGUCCCCCAAACGUAUGGCUUCCCUCAUACAUGAGUCCCGGUGAGCAGUGUGCGGUCUGUGGAGACUCUGCGACAGGAUUCCACUACCGCGCCAUGACGUGUGAAGGCUGCAAGGGCUUCUUCAGGAGGACCAUCCAGCGCCGCCUGACCUACAGCUGCCGCCACGGAGGAACCUGUGUCAUUGACAGGUCAUCACGGAAUGCCUGCCAACACUGCCGGUACUUGCGCUGUCUCUCCGCUGGCAUGGCACCCGCCCACGUCCUGAACGAGAAGCAGCGCGUGGCCAAACGACAGCUGGUGGAGGAGAACCGCGAGAGAAGACGAGGAGACCCAGUGGCCCUCCCCGUGGAAACCCUGGGCCUCCACACAGCGCCCACCUCGGAGGAUAGGGCCGUCGUCUCGGCUAUAGCGGCCGCCUACCAGGACGUGUUCUCCAAGCCCGCCCCUUGUACGACAACAGUGACGGAGGUGGGCGAGGGCGGCCCGACCGAGGAGGACGGCCAGACAUGGACAAGGGCCACGCAGAUCUUGGCCCCGUCCAUGGCCAGGGUCGUCGCCUUCGUCAGGAGGAUCCCCGGGUUUUCCACGCUGAGCAACAACGACCAACUCGUCCUCCUGCGUGGCUGUGUCCUGGAGGUCCUUUUCCUGCGCACGGCUCUGAGGUACAACCCGGUCACCAAGGCCCUCCCGCUUCGAAACGGCCGCCAAGUCUGCAGGUCUCAGGUCCAGACAGCCAUGGGCGGGGCACUCUGGGCACUGGUCCAUCCCAUGUUCGAGCUCGGCGCUUCCGUGGCACGCCUGCACCUGUCCAGCACCGAAGCGGCACUCCUGACGGCGCUGGUGGCACUGCAGACAGACCGUCCUGGCCUAACGGAUAUGGAGAGUGUGGAGGCGGUGCAGGACGCUCUCCUGGUGGCCUGCAAGCGAUACGUGGCAACUGGGUGUCCUGAUCAGCCAAUUAGAUGGGCCAAACUGGUGAUGAAAGUGACCCACAUCCGGAGCAUGGCUUGCGAACACGCCGACACCAUUCUCUCAGGCCACUCACUUCCCAACGUCUCGAAGCUGCUUAUUCACCUCUUCCAAGAUACCUGCUGACCACGCUUGGCUGUCGUUUUGUUUUUAAAUUUGUGUCUAGGAGUUUGGAGGGAAAUAUUUUGGCGACAGUUUAUGGUUUGCAUUGCGAUUCUAGGGAUUGUGGAUGGCUGGAUUUGGUAUAUUACCAGUAUUUCGAGUUUUUCUAUGAUUUGUUUUAGUUUACGCUACAAGAUUUUUAUGAAAUCUAGGUUUUCUUUGGAUGUUAAAGGGGUAACUAUAUUAAAUUCAUCUAAUAUGCAUCCGAUAAAGCAUGUUCAUUGCGGGGAGUUGAUGUGAACUCUUUAUCAUAGAUGGUGUUAUAUUUUCAAUAAUGAUAAUUUCACAUUUUUUAUCGUAAUAAAAUAAGUAACGAAAAACUAUUAUCGCAGACGAACAAUAAGCAUAAUUUCAAAUAUUUCGCCAAGAUGCUAGGCUCCUUAAAAACAAAAUUUGUCAGAAUUAGUUUUAUUUAAUUUAGAACAUUUUCAACCAUUGUGCUAUUACAUCAAUCCAAGGUUAUUCCGGUGAGAAGGUUAGACAAGUAAGAUAAAUAAAAACAUGACUUUCUUACAUAUAUCCAGAAAAAUAAUGGAUUAUUUAAUUUAUCAUUUUAUAACUUUAAGUGCAAGUUUUAUAUGUACAUGGAAAUAAACUAUCUG